UAAUCCAUCUCAUAAAGUUACAUUUAUACAUUAUUAGAGUUAUUUUUAAAAAGUAAGCUUUAAUUCACUAAAGACUUAGAACAGUGUUAUUUAAAAAUAAUAAAACACCUCUUAAAAGUUCCUAAAAAGACUCUUGAGAAAUACGAAGCAUUAACCGAGAAAUUAUUCGAAACAUUAAUUAUAUAAUAAUUAACAAACAAUAAAAGGACAUAAUAACCAACUAAAAUACCCAAAAAAGACAUAGUAAAUUUAUUUUAGCAUUUCUUGCAUUUAUUUUCUUAGGGAUUUUCCUCAUCUUAAUUUUAAAUCCGAAUUUUCUGUUCGAGGUAAGCAUUUUAAAUCCUAAAAGUAAUCCCUACUGAAAAUAUCGAAGAAAUAAUUAACAAUAAGCUAUCUCAAGAAAUAGCUACUGCCACGUUAAUUUUAUUGAAAGAAAAGAGGUCUAUAUUGAAAUAAAUAGGAAUAAAAAUAGCUUCUUAUUUAUAAAAAAUCGAACAAAACUAAAGCCUUAGGGAAGAAAUGAUAAGAAAUAUGAUAUCAGAUGAGUAAGAUUCGAUAAGAAAACUGGCUUUAAUAAACCUGGAAAUGUCGGAAGAAACAUUUCCAGAAUUAAUAAAAAGAAUAAGAGAUAAAAACAAUGAAAUCCGAAGUACUGUAUUUAAAAAAUUAAUAAAGGAGAAAAUUCCUUUGGCUAAUCUAAAUUUAUCGGAUAUAUAUAAAAUUAUAUAUGAUGGAUUUGGAUCUAGAGAUGUUUAAGUAAGAGAAAGUUGUAUUUAGUAUUUGAAUUAAAACUUUUUAUUAUUUAAAGAAGAUAUAGUAGAUGAAAAAGAGGAAAGUUAAGAAAAAAAAGGUUUAGUUUAUAAAAUAAAGAUAAAAUUAUUAAAAAUACAAAAAUUCAUAUUUUAAAUUUCCUUAAUAUUUUCGAACUCCAAAAUACACUUUUCUAUCCUGAAUUAUAUGAAAAUAUCUCCAAUCUUUUAAAAGAGUCCAUUCUAAAAAUUAUAGACACAUAACAUUUUUAAAUUUACCUCUAAGAUGUUUUUUUGAAUUCUUUUUUUUCCAAAAAACCACCAUCAUCUUUAUAAUAAUCUAAAAAAAAUAAUAUAACUAUUAAUCCAGAAGAACUUUUCUUAAUUAGAGUCCUUUGUGAAAUGCUAUAUGAGUAAAAAAAUUCUAUCCCCCUUGAAUUAAUUUAAACUGUUGAAGAUUAUUUUCCUAAUGGGAUUUCUUUAGCUUAAUCUAUUGAAUAUUUUGCUUUUUAAAAUCCGAAUCUGCUCGCUUUAUAUUAAAUUUUAUUAAUGAGCGAAUUUUUGAUAAAUUGCGAUUAGGCGGGUAGAUUGGCAUUAAGUGAGAGUAUAAAAAAGCUACUCUUAAAUAUGAAAGGAUCAAAAAUUUUAUAAGAAGUUCCUCAAAUAGAAACCGCUAAUGAUGUAUUUUAUUAAUGGGAUAUGAAAAAUUUAAAGGAAGCGAUUUUCGGAUAGACUUAUUAUGAUUUUCCUAUUAUUACUUGCUGUUAUGAAUUAAUACCUCUAUGUGUGAGGAUUUUAAAAAAAAGUGUCCUUGAUGUUCCUGUGAAUGUUUUUAUUACUUAAAUAAUAUCUGAAGUACAUGAACCUUUGGCUAAAGAUUCAGAUAAUGAUACUCAUUUGGACUUACCUUCAGAAUUAACUAGGGUAUAAAAAUAAAUAAUCGAAAAUAAUGUAUAAUUGGAAAUUUUAGAAUAGAAAUUAAAUAAAAGAGUGAAAUAAAAAGAUUAAUAUUAGAUUGAAGUUGAAAAGGAAUAGAAAAAUAAAAUAUUGGAAAAUUUAAGACAAAAAGAAAAUGUUUUAAAUGAAUAAAUUUUUGAUAUUUAAAUGAAGGAAAUAAUUUUAGUUUAAAAUCUACUUAUUAAUUGUAUUAUAGAUACUAAUGAUCCUUCUAUUAAAAAUUUAUUAUAGCAAAUUAUUAUACCGUCGUUAAAAUAAAAUAGUAAUAAUCUAAGAUGCCAUAGUUUAAAGGCUUUGGCACUUUAUGUCCUUAUAGAUAGGAAUUAUUGUAAUGAUUUUUUCAAUGUUUUUUUAGAAUUCCUUUAAAAAAAUGAAGAUGAAGAUAAUUUAUCGAUUAUUAUUUCUUUAAGAAGUAUUGUUGAUUUUAUAUUACUUUACGAUUUUGCGAAAAAUCCUAGUCAAUCCGAUGAUAUUGAUAUUUCUUUGACUUAAGAUUUGAUACUUUAAUAAGGUUUUUAAGCUAAUUAUUUUGUUAGAAAUAUCGCUAUUGAGGGACUUUGUAAAUUAUUAUUGAAUAAUAAAUUAUAAGAUCCUUAGAAUGUAAAUUAAUAAUUAUAUAUUUAUAUUUUUUAAAAAAAAAAUUAGAUUAUUUGCUUAUUAAUUAUUUUAUGGUUUGAUAAUAGAAAAACAUAAAAAGAAAGCUAUAAAUCAGUCUAAAUAUUAACUUUGUUUUUUAAAACAUACACUAGUAUGAACUAUAGUAAUUUAUUAAUUUUUGAAAAAGCCUUAGAAUUAUAUAUUGGAUUAAUAACUUAAUUGAAAUAAAAAGACUUAACUUUUGACUAUAAUAGUGUCCUAAUAGACCAUACUAAUGAAUUAUUUAUUACAAAAUCAAUAAGGGUUUGUAUUAGUUUACUUUCUAAAUAAAAUGUGGAGGCUUAAUUAAUUUUAUUUAGUUUUUUUUGUCAAAAAGCCUGUAAAAAUAAAGAUUUUGUUUCUUUGUUUGAAAAAAUAUGCUAAUAUUUUGAUUUUUUUGAAAAAGGAGAAAAAAAUGAAAUUUUUAAUGCUUUUUAACAUUUAAAUUUUGUUUUAGAUAAUAUUCCACCGAGUAAAACUUUGAAUUCUUUUUUGAAAGUUUUGAAGAAUUCUUUAAAAAACGAAUAAUUUGAAGAAAAUAAUAAUUUUUAAAAAAAUUUAAACGAUUAGAGUUUGUAAGAAGUUUAACUUAUUAUUAAAUAAUUGAAGGAAUUUAAUAUUAUAAUCAAAGAUACUGAUGAAUAAAAAAAACAAAGAGUAUAUAAUAAAUAAUAAGAUGAUGAUGAAAGUAAAUGCGAUGAAGAAUAAAAAACUAAUCUAGAAGAAAAUUAAGAUGAAGAAGAAAAAGAAGAAGACGAAGAAAAUGAAAUUUAAGAAGAAGAAGAAGAAGAAGAAUAAUAAGAAGAAGAAGAUGAUGAAGAAGAAGACAAUUAAGAUGAAGACGAAGAAGAAGAAAAUUAAGAUGAAGAAGAAAAUUAAGAAGAAGAAGAAGAAGAUGAAGAAGAAGAAAAUUAAAUUUAAGAAGAAGAAAGUCAAAGUGAAGAAGUAUAAUUUACUCCAAAAAAAAGAAAAUAACCAAAAAGAAACACUACUCCUUAAUAAAAAAAAAAACCAGAAAGUAAAAAAACCAAUAAUGUAAAAAAUAGCGAUGUUAAAAAGAAUUAAAGUAGCUAAAAAAAAAGAAAUAAUAGUGAUUAAAAAAACAGAAGUAAUAGUUGCUAAAAAAAUAGGAAUAAUAGCGUGUAAAAAAUAGAAAUAAUAGUGGUUAAAAAACAGAAACAAUAGUGUUUAAAAAAUAGAAAUAAUAGUGUACAAAAAAUAAGGAAAAUAAAAAAAGAAAAUAAUAUGAAGAUUAUUAAUUAGGAAAGAGUUAAGACAAGAUAAUAAAUUGUUGUGGAAAAUACAAAAUUAUAAAAAUAAGCGCUUAAAAGGAAAAAUGAAAAAAUAAAAUAAAAAAUAUAUAUUAUAAAUUAUAUUUAUUUAUUUUAUAUUUUAUUUUUUUGCUUUUAAAAAAUAUUAAAAAUAUAUUUUUAAUUAUUUAUUUUGAAAAUAUUUAAAAGCAAAAAUUUUAAAUAUUUCAAAAAAAAAAAAAAAAAUACAUUUUAUAUAUAAAAAAAAUUAUUUUUAAAAUAAAUAUAAUAAUAAAAAAUGAAUAAAAGUUGA